AUGACCGAUAAGAAUGAAGACCGGGGGUCUUCCUCCCUGACUCCCCAGGACGACUCCAUGGCUACUCCGUCCGCCCCGCGAGCUCCUCCCCCGGAGAAGCCAGAGGCCAUUCAGACGCGAUUCAAAGUGAUCGCUGCCUUCUGGGCGGUCAUAAUCUUCUUGGGAUUUCCGAUCUGGUGGAAGACGACGUCCAUCUACCGCGCUCGAUUGCCCGUCGAGGACAUGGUGGAUUGGGCUGAUGGAAAGACUUGUCGCCCAGUAUUCCCGCUUGAUAUUCGAUUCGAUACCCCCUCUCUCCCGGAGUCCGACGCGCAGCAUCUUAUCCGGGCGACGCAACACACCCUCGAUGACCUGAACGAGUUCUCCGCGCAUCAUCUCCGACUCAAGCUGUCCGACGACAGAGAAGAAGAGGGGAAGGCCGAUACCGCGCUGACCGUUCGUCUGCUCGCGCGCGAUGACUUGACAGCUCCUCAGUCGGAGCUUCAUGCCGACACUACGCAGCUGGAUGUUUAUUACCCGCCCAGCCAGGUGCCCCCUCCGUCGUCCUCCAACCCGCCGCUCUCGGGAUACAUCGCAGGAACGCUCCAGAAUUUGUUCACGGAAGAGAAAGCCAUUGUGGCGCAUGUGCUGUCUGACAACAAUGUCGUGAGCGCCAAUACCAACACCCCGGCCUCGUCGAACAACCAGCAGCCCUCUGCGCUUCUCAAUUCGAUCUCUCCGCAGCUGGCAGAGAGUAUCAGCCGGCGGUUGCGCCGCUCCAUGAAGCACGCAGACACGUAUCAUCUGGCCUUCUCAUUGUUUACGCCAGGCUCGCAGCCCUCGUCCUGGGAUAUUCAGGCUGCCGUAGAUGAGUACAUCUCGCCUCUGCUUCAUGCCUACUCCCCGAUUAGCAACUUCACCGUCGACACACAGGUCCAGCUCUACGCGGGCUUCUCGCCCACGGCACCUCUCCCGGAAUAUGAUGAGUCAGUGGGGGCGUGGACCCUUAAGACGGAAGACCUGAGCGCUUUCAUCAAUGCAGCUGAAUGGCCCUUGAGCCCUAGCAUUGGCAGCGGUCCCACGAUCAACUUCAUUCUCUACGUGCCUGAUCCCUCUCAAUCCCCGAUGGUCGUAAAAGAGAGCAGCGCCACCAGCUGGAUCAUCCCUCAAUGGGGCGGAGUCUUUAUUCUCAAUCCUCCCUUGUCCAAGACGGUCGAUAAUCCCAGCAAUCCCUCGUAUCUCCCCCAGGAGUCUCUUCGCCCGGCUUUCCUCACCUUCUCCCACCAGCUUUUGACCCUGCUGGGCGCGCCUACCACGCCAUCCUCCCUUCCUUUCCGGCUGCAGACGCUCAUUCGCAUUCGCGCCGCAACUCUUCUUUUCUCCGCCUCGUCCACGAUGGGCUCUCUCGCUCGUCUUACCGAGUCCUUGCCCUCCAUCCCCAUUCCCGCCUCGGUCGCAACCUCCGUGUCCACGACACUCAGCCAUCUAGCGUCCGCAUGCACUCAUCUCCAAGAGGGUCGCUUCCAAGCGGCAUUGAGUAACGCCCGCGUUGCCGAGUCAGAGGCCGAGCGCAGCUUCUUCGAGAAGAGCAUGGUCGGUCAGGUUUAUUUCCCGGAUGAACACAAGGUGGCGGUCUAUCUCCCCUUGCUGGGGCCUAUUGGUGUGCCUCUUGUUGUUGGACUGCUCAAGGAAGUCAAACGAGCAGUGGCCAGCUGGAAGGCUAAGAGAGCACGUUUGUGA